AUGACUCCUCCUCAUCCUCAACCUCAAAAGUUUAGUAGAGGAAUCAUUCAUGAAGGUGAAUAUAUACUGAUACCAGCAAGGCUACCAUUGCCCAUCAAUAGUACCUCAUCUACUGACUCCUUCCCUCUAGUGAAUUCUCCUAAUUCAUCGACUCCCGUACGAUUGAAUUCUCCUAAUCUAACUGUGGCCGAUUUAUCCAUCUUGGAUAAUAAUAUAUCUAAUUCAUAUAUAUCCCCUGAUUAUUCUCCAACGUUAAUUCAUAAAUGGACUCAUACUCAUUCUAUAUUAUGUGUGAUACCGGCUCCUCAAAAACAAUUAUUAUUCUGUGGAACUCAAGAUUCAAAGAUUUUAGUAUAUGAUAUGAUUGAAUAUUCCUUGAAAUAUGAAAUCAAUUGUGGUCAUCAAGAUCAAGCUGCAUCAGUCUUAACUCUUACUUUAUCUAAAGAUGAAAAUUAUUUAUUUAGUGCAGGUUCAGAUUCAUUAGUUAAAGUAUGGGAUGUAUCAAAUGUUCAUAAACUUAAAAAGGAAAACAUUGCUCCUACAGAUGAUAGUAAUGAAACCAUAGAUGAAAUCCAUUGUACUCAUAUAAUUUAUUCAUAUGUUGAUAUUGGAGAUAUUUUCUCCAUUGCUUGGUGUGAUGCAUUAUCUACCUUAUUUAUUGGAGCUCAAAAUGCAUCGAUUUUAUGGUGUACUUUAUCCCUUGAUGAAUCAAAUCAUCAUCCUCAUGCCACGUUAAAGAAUAUGGGAAGAUUACCUCAUUUAAGAUAUAAUAAAUUCUUUGAUUCAAGAGGUCCCGGUGGAUCAUUUAAUACAUUACAAUCCAAACAUCAAAUCUUACGAAAAAAUUCCACUAAUUCUCAAAACAUUCCUAAUUCUCCCAAAUUAAUCGAAGUUAAAAAUGAUGAUAUUAUAAGAUUUGCUCAUAAUGGGUAUGUCUACUGUAUGGAUAUAUUCAGAUGUAAGGGUGGCGAUGAAGAUCUCAAUACUGAUUUCAGUUAUCAUUAUCAAAACAUAUAUGAUAAUAUAUUAAUUUCCUGUGGUGGAGAUGGGUUAGUUCAUAUUUGGGGGAUCAAUUCUAAUGAAGAUGAGAAACAUUUAACCAUUUCCAAAUUCAAAACGUUGGAGAAUGAAGAAUCAGUGAUAUCUAUGAAAAUUGUUAAUUCCUAUCUUUAUGUCGGGUUAGGUGAUUCAACUAUUAAUGUGUGGGAUCUAAUGACAUUCCAAUUAAUCAGAUCGUUUCAUUUUGAAAGUAAUGAUUCAUCCUAUGAUGAAGUAUUAAGUCUUUGUAUUUAUAAUGAUUGUAUUUUUAAAGCUUCAAACUUGGGUGGAUUGGUUAAGUUCAAUUUAAAGAGUUAUCCUGUCAAUAGUACCCUGGUUUUCAAUGAUGAUAGUGAAAAGGGAAAUAAUAAUCCUGCUACUUUAGAUAAACGAUCUACAGUAAUCCUUACUAAUGAAGAUGAAAAUUUUAAUAAAUUAUUUUCUCAAACUAGUCAUCAUGAUGGUGAAGAAAAUCUUGGUUCGGUAUUGGCUGCUAAUAUUUUCACUGAUAAAACCGGGAAAACAACUUAUUUAUUAUCCGGAGGUCACAAGGCUCUUUGUUUAUGGGAUAUCACUAAUGUGGGCAAGUCUACUCAAAAACCUCAACCUGAUGAAAUUGUCAAUUUAAAAUCGGCUAAUAAACAGGUGGAUAUUUAUAGUAAUGAAUCAUUAUUAAAAUCAUUACAAAAAUAUAUUUCUUAUAAGACCAUUUCAAAAUUCCCUACCCUUUAUUUAGAAGAUUCUCGUCAAUGUUCCCAAUUUUUAUGUCGACUUUUGAUUAGUUUAGGUGCUUAUCAAACUAAAUUAUUACCGGUUGAAAAUGGGAAUCCAAUAGUUUAUUCGUUAUUCAAACGAAACAAUAAGCUGGAUGAGGAUGGAAAUGAUGAAGAUGAUAAGAGUACUCGUCUUUUAUAUUAUGCUCAUUAUGAUGUAGUGGAUGCUACUAAUCAUGAAGCUAAUGAUUGGGAAACUGAUCCAUUUGUCCUUACUGCACAUGAUGGGAAUUUAUAUGCAAGAGGUGUAUCUGAUAAUAAAGGUCCUACAUUAGCUUCAAUCUAUGCCGUGGCUGAUUUAUAUCAACGUAAAGAGUUGUCAUGUGAUGUGGUGUUUAUAAUUGAAGGGGAAGAAGAAUGUGGAUCAAUUGGAUUUCAAAAAGUUAUUCAAGCUAAUAAAUCAUUUAUUGGUGAUAUUGAUUGGGUUAUGCUUUCUAAUUCGUAUUGGCUUGAUGAUGAAACUCCAUGUUUGAAUUAUGGAUUACGUGGGGUUAUCAAUGCCACAGUGAGUAUCAAAUCCGAUAGACCUGAUCGUCACUCGGGUGUUGACGGUGGUGUUUCAAAAGAACCUACUAUGGAUUUAGUUCAAAUUCUCGGUCAAUUAAUCGAUCCAAAGACUAAUGAAAUUAAAUUAGAUUCAUUUUAUGAUGAUGUUUUACCUUUAACAUCUAAAGAAAUUGAAUUUUAUAAAACCAUUGAAGAUGCGGCCUUACAUAGAAAUAUCAAUAAUCAAGAUAUUAAAACUUUAAUUUCAAAAUGGAGAAAUCCAUCAUUAACAAUUCAUAAAAUUCAAGUGUCAGGUCCUAAUAAUAAUACCGUUAUCCCUCAGAUUGCCAAAGCUACCAUAUCGAUUAGAAUUGUACCAAAUCAAGAUUUAAAGAAAAUUAAACAAUCAUUAAUUAAUAAGUUAACUGAAUUAUUUCAAGAUUUGAAUUCCGAUAAUAAUUUACUGGUCAAUAUCUUUCAUGAAGGUGAACCAUGGUUAGGAGAUCCAUCGAAUUUAGUAUAUUCGAAAUUAUACGAAAAGAUGAAAUUCCAUUGGGAUCAAGUUGAACCAAUUUUCAUUCGUGAAGGAGGAUCAAUUCCAUCCAUUCGAUUCUUAGAAAAAUGUUUUGAUGCUCCUGCUGCUCAAAUUCCAUGUGGUCAAGCUUCUGAUAAUGCUCAUUUGAUUAAUGAAAAGUUAAGAAUUAUCAAUUUAUAUAAAUUAAGAUCAAUCUUGACUGAUACAUUCCAAGAACUUGGUAAUUGA